AAUUGAAUAUUUUGCAUUGUUAUGAUCUUUUUUUGUUUACAGUGGUCAACAGUUUUUUUUCGAGUAAAAAAAUAUAGCGAACAUAUUUCAAAUAUGUUAACAUCAGUAUUUUGCAUAAGUUUUAAUUAAUUCUAAUGAUUUAUCCAGAACAUUUUCCAACAAACGAGUCACCAUAAAAAUUUACAUGGCCAGCACAGAUGCAGAUGAUUGUAAACACUAUAUUGGAUCAGUUCAAGAUGUCAGACAGAGGUGUAGAACAACUGCUGAAGUUGGCGGUAGAAAAGUUACAGUUUUCGCCCUAAAAACAUCAUUCUACGCUUUAGACGACAAAUGCUAUCAUGCUGGAGGACCAUUAGAAUUGGGCGAUAUAGAGGAGAUAAAUAAUGAUUUAUGUAUCGUUUGUCCCUGGCAUAAAUACAUAAUUAAACUAUCAAGCGGAGAAGGAGUUUAUCAAGGAAUUGAUCCAGCUACAAAAAAAACAGAAUGGAAGACUAAAGGAGUUAAACAAAGAGUUCAUGAAGUUGUUGUCGAAAAUGGACAUGUCUACGUUAGACUUAAUCUUGCUGGCAAAUUGGAUUGUGAUCGUUAUUAUACGGAAGAGUACAGGAAACUAAUGAAUGAGGAUGUUGUGGACCUAAAAUUCGAUUUUUCCGAUCCAAAUACAAAAAUUGAAUAG